ACCACCCGUACCCCAGGAACUGACCUAGAGUUGUACCAACGGGACCGUGCGGUGGUGUAGUGACGCCAUACGAAAUCAGGAGUGAGAGAAGCAGUGCAGAAUGUGAAGAUGUUGGUCAGGAGCCUGCGGACUGGUAGUCGGGUGUGAAGCAGAAGUGAAUGGCGGGGGCAGGGUGAGGAUGGGGGUAUGGAAGGCAGGAGAAACAAAAGCCUUGCGGAGCAAAGUUGGCUCGUUAGUCUCUAGACCACCGAGUGCGUGGUUACACCCAUCUCUGCCCUCCGUUCCAGUCUCUUGACAGAAGUUCGGAGGAGAGAGAUCCUGAGGAACUUCAUCAAUCGCGACGUUCUACCCUCACGGUCGUCUGCAUCUGUCCGUAGUAGUGUAUGUGUAGUCUUCCGUGGAACAUCGGGUGGGACACCGGUCGCUCGAGGAAACACAAGUCAGCAUAAAACAAAAUACAAAAAAAAUUCGUAUGAGUUUUCUUUGCUGCUCUUAUUGAAUCCCAGGAAAAGGACGAGAGUGAAUGUGGCUAGAAGGCAACAAUGAGGCUGCGAGAGAGAACAGACAUGGAUCAACCUGCAGUGCUGCUACAGCCCUUUGGCCACCAGGUGGCAGGUCAGGCUUCCAUGCUGAGUGUAGAUGCGAACACAGUCUGCAAACCUCUUAUAGCACGCGAGCAUUUUGUGUAUCGCACCAUGCCUCAGAAGCUUGUGCCUUUCACCCCCCAGUAUAAAGGAGUCUUGCAUGUUCACCUUCAAGAUGAAGAUGGGCUCAUCAGACUUGUUGGAUAUCCUUCAGAAUCAGACCGGCCAGCACAAGAUGGCUUCUCUAGUGAGCACACAAACGACAAGCAUUUGAGAAAGUUAUCUGACUUCAGUGGCAACUGCCCAAAAGAUGGGCUUUUAACUGCGCCAUGCGACUUCAGCAGCAGGACAUCUUCUCCAGUCUCUAUCAGCAGUGAGCAGGAUUCACCCGUGAUGUGGGAUUUGGACCAGCCAGCUUUGCCAUCCAGAAUGUCGAGUGGCCAGGAAAAGAUUGAUGAAGAAAAAGCUGCUACUGAGGAUGGUGUUGUGACUGAGGAAGAGGGAACAUCUAAAGACACCCGCAUAACGACAAACUUGCAAAACUUUCAGCCCCUGAAUCCUUGGAGCUUAAGCCUUCACACACGUCUUCUGGACAAAAUGCGCAAAUCCACUCCCUCCAGCAGUGGUUGUCCAUUUUUACUGCUAGAAAAUGUGGUGGCACACUUGACCUAUCCCUGCAUCCUUGACCUGAAGGUGGGAUCCCGUUUGCAUGGGGAUGAUGCUAGUCCCAAAAAAAUUGCAAGCCAGUCUCAGAAGUGCAGCUCCACCACAUCACGCACUCUUGGUCUACGUCUUUGUGGCAUGCAGGUGUACCAAGUUGAUACAGGCGUGUACAAGAGCCGAGACAAGUAUUUUGGCCGCACCCUUACAGAAUCCACUUUUAUUGAUGUUCUGAGAGACUUUCUGCAUAACGGCCAGUGUUUGCGGAGAGAGCUGCUGCAACAUGUGUUGACACGUCUCGGUGACCUGCAGAAAUGCUUAAAGGAGCUGAAUUCCUAUCGUUUUUAUGCUAGUUCUUUGCUGAUCAUGUAUGACGGCCAUUAUCCACAAGGAGCUCCAAACAGGAGCUGUUUCCAGCAACAUGCUGCAGAUGACAAAAUGACGCCUGGAAGCUCAUAUGCAAGUUUGCUGCAAGAAAAUACCAUUAAUGGUGCAAGCAAUCAUGAUGACAUUGCAAGUCCUGUAGCUGAGCCUCAUACUCCAUUUGCUCAGAUUACGUCAGAUUUGGAGUGCACCUCAGACGACAGGUCAACAGAGCUCCCAGUUUUCCUAGACCCAUCUCUGGCUGUGGAUGUUCGCAUGAUUGACUUUGCCCACACAACUCACAGUGGCUUUGUGAACGAUAGCAUCAUUCACGAGGGCCCAGAUUUGGACUACAUUAAAGGGCUUGAAAAUCUAAUUUUUUUGUUCAUGGAUAUACAAAAGGAAGCGACCCAGAUGUGAAGCGACCUGGAGGGGUUGACUGCUUCAUGUUGUGGGCCUUUGCAGUUUCAGCUUGAUAACGCAACUUAUUAUGUAGUUGGGUACGCACAGCAUGCUGCGGCAAUGUACACUUGUUGUUUUGAUGAGGCAGCAUCGCAUGGUGUGCUGAUGAGUUGGGUUCACUGACAACUUCUUGCAUACCCCACCUCAAAUUAGCUGGCUCACCGUGGGCAUCAUAAAGUGUUUUUUUUAACCAAAGACUAAAUUUCUGGAAAAGUUGUGCUUUACCUCUAGAGGUGUUGGACCAUGUGAAAUGUGUGGAAAGAUUUUGUAGCAUUUUAAGUGAAAUACAACUCAUUACUCACAAAUCAGACAUCCAUACUUACCAUGUCUGUCUCCACAGAUGAAAGUCUUUCAGGAGGAGAAAAUGGUGGGACUUGUUUGUGAUUGUUCUUGACAAUGAUUUAGCACUUUUAAUUUUAAUUUAAGAUUGAAAAUAUAACUCUUCUAAUAUUUUAUGCUAUUGUCAGGUUUUAAUGACACAGGAUCAUUGAUCUCGUUCAAGAGAUCUGUCAAGGGUUUCCCAUGUUUGUAAAUGGGAGUGUAGACUGUUCAGAGACUUUUUGUCAUGUUUGUCUAUUUGUCAUGUGAUAAAAAAGCUGGACACCUUUCUAGCCAAACAUUUGCAAGGCUCGCUAUAAGAGAUGAACCUGAUUCAUUUAGCUUCAUGCACUUUUGCAGCAUCAGUACAGUUUUUCAAUUUUGCACAUUUAGCAGAAUCAUAAUCCAUAGUAUUACUAUCAAGCUUAAAGGUUAUGGGACAUAGCGACCUGCCUCAUUGUGGACUUUUUCACUUAUCAGCUGAAUACAGCAGAAUUACUUUGAAGUUUAGCGUGCGCUGGUUUCACUUACAUGCUCUGUUUUUGAAGAAUUCCAAUCUGUACAUACAUUGCACAUUUGGAGAAUUAUUCUUUCUUUGGGCUCAAACAUUCAGAAGUCAGAUCAUUCACGACAGUGUGGCAUUGACAUUCAAAGCUUUAGACAUGCUUUGUGAUUCUGGCCAUUAACUGAAGCUUCCUGAGUGCAUUUGUGAGUGGAUACCUCAUCAAGCAACAGAGGAAGGGAGAAGGCAUGCAUGCUUUUUUUCUCAGAUUUCAAUUAUUCUGUAAAUAUUUUUACUGGUCAGUUGUGUUCCUACAAACUAAUUCUGUUUUCAUGAGUUUAUUAUUACCUGCUUAUAAAAAGUGUUAUCAUUUGUAUUCCUGCCAAAGGUUAAUUAGAUACACUAAUAACAGCUGCUCAUGGAAUUUGCUUUUAAUGAAUGACAUUGAAAUACUUUGGCUGGUUUUGUAUUUAUCUUGCUUGCCUUUUAAUACAAACAGAAGUGUUUGAUUCUGUGAGAAUAUUUGUAAUAAGAUAUUACAAAAAUUUUGCACAGCAAACAAAAAUGAAAAAAGAGCAAUACAACCACGUAUUAGUUUUUACUUUUUAUGUUAUCAUUGGGAAAUCCACACUGUGUACAUACUUCUGCACUGAUCUUUGUAAAUUGCAGAUAGCAGAAAUAGCGUUGGGAGCCAUUGUUGAUGCUAUUCUGAUUUCUUGUUUAGACCAGACGGCAGGGCACACUUGAAGACAUGCUGUUUGACAAGUAUUUUAAAGGAGCAUGUUAACAAAGUAUCAUCUGUAGAAAUUACCUUGUAACGUGCCUCUGUUGUCACCAACAAAGAUCUCAAAGAAAAUGAGAACUUUCUUCUGUUAGUUUUGUGUCAUAUUAUGUAGGCUGUGUUCACCAUGAACAAAUUGUAGGGAUACUUUGUUUUCGUACUUUGCUAUAUUAUGUCUUUGAGCAUGCAUUUAAAAAUAAUUUUUAUUUCUGGAUCUUAAGCAAAAGCGAUUUGUUCCGUUAAGAAUAUUGUUUUUAUAUCUUGUCUUAAGUGAGCACUUUUGACUGUACAGAUAUAUGCAAAUGACCACUGAAGCCUAAAAUCAAAGCUGUAUAUUUCAGCUUCUGUGAUAAAGUCAUCAAACAGUUGACUAGAAAGACCCAGGGCCAUGUCCACAACUGGUUGUUACCACGCAAUGCCUCUUGUACAGUCCAGGAAGAGAUUUGUACUUUUAUCCAAGGGUCUGCAUCCAACCUCAUGGACUGAUGGCCACCAAUGUUCCAUGUCUGCAUUGAGUGGAGUAAACAGCUUUUCUCUUGCAGUUUGAUGGCAGCAGGAUGUUGUCUGGAAAAAGCACAUUUUUUUUCUCUGCUAUUAAGCUGGCAAGAACUUGCACUCACUUGUGAGGGUGUGAGGAGAAACAAUGUGUUUGACUCUUGUCUUUCUCUGGCCAACAUGACCUGGUUUUUCUCCACAACUCAGGACACAAGGGCGAAUGGUGUGAAUCAACUUCAUAACAUCUGCAGAAAGUGCAGCUGACAUUUUGUGUUGGGUGUAAACAAAGCUUUGUGAAGAACAUUCACAGAUUUUCAUUCAUUCCACAAUGACUUGUAGACAGUAGAAAUGCAUUGUGUAAAUUGCAUGCAUGAUGUUUUUCUGUUUCCUGGAGUGAAAAAAAGAGCAGUGGUAUUCAUUGUGUGUCCAGAAGCUUCGAUUAAGGUUGUUACAAUUGCCAUGUAAUUGUAAAUGUUUGUGAAAUUUUAGUUUUUUUUUCCUGCAUGCCAGGUGCAUCUUUUCCCUCUCCCUACUACCUUUGUUGUAAGAAUGUUUUUAUUAUGGGAACACUGUGUCUGCAGCAUAGACGUCAAAUGUUUGAAUUGAAGUCUACAGAUUGUCUCAUUAUUUAUACAUUGCUGUGAUUCACAUGUUGACACACAUUUUUAUUGUGAAGUUAAUAAUUAAUCCAGAUUGGUUUUUUUUUUUUUUUGCUUGCCAUAAAUCUUUGACAGUAAUAUUUAUACCAUAUUCUUUUUUAAUACCUAGAGACCUAGCGAAGCCGUGAAGAUGCCAGUUUGGUUGUGCCGUUUAGUACAGAACUGCACUGAACUGCAUUAUAAGGAGGAAGGUUCACAUAUCUCACCUUACUGUCACUUAUACAGGAAGUCAUAGUGUUACACAUCUCUAAAGCAUUUAAAAGAUUUCUUGCCCAGAGUUUGAUAUCAAGUCAUGUACAGUGUAGGGCCAUUAAACCGCGGUGAUUGGGGUCCAAACUGCUUAACCGUGGUUUAGGUGAUCCAUUGCUUUUGUUAAUGCAUAAAUUAUAAUAAAUAAUGAAAAUUUUUUUAUCACAAUCAUUUUCAUAAAUUUGUAGCAUUGUAAGGUGUGAAUCGGUUAUAAUGGCGGCCUCCAUAAAGCUGACACUCAGGGUGGAUAAAAUGGAUUGCUAUUUGAAUUUGAUUGUAAGUUAUUUUAUUGGAUCGCGGCGUAAUGGCGCUACACUGUAUUUGCAUCCUGUCCACUUCUGUGUUUAUGCUGAAUGUUGUGCUGGCUUGCCAUUUCUCACAUUGUUACUUAGAUGUUUCCUUAUGUUUUGUUGCAUUUCUUUGUAACGAUCAUCUGUUUAUGUAGAUUUUCUCUCAAAUAUGUACACGGUUGUAAAAGUGUGAUUCACAGUAUUUUGUGUUUGUUUCACUGGCUAUGAGAACUGAAACUUUUAUUCUAAAAAAAGACUAUAAAGUGACCUGGUGAAACAUCA